AUGAGGCUAAAUUAUCUUCUUCAUAUUGGCUUCUUUGCCACAUGUACCCUUUCCCUAUCCGUUCCUCGUUGGAAAGACACCCUCCCCGGCCCCUCAUUUAGUCCCCCGCCAAAUGUUGAUAGUAACAGCCGCGUUAUUGAGUGCAAAUACCCUUCAAUGAAGGGCUGGGCAGCUGAUAAUGGCAGCAAAACUGGAUGGUUAAAAUGGGUUGGUAAUGGACCAGCACCUGCUCCAGGAGCAUUCAAUAUUACGACCGAUUAUGAAAAUAUAUUCCCAGAGGGUGUGACAAGGAAGUAUAACUUGGUAGUGGAUGAAGGUACUGUCAAUCUUGACGGAGUGACUGCAAACCAUGCGAUGCUCUUUAAUGGCCAGUACCCAGGCCCUUGGAUUCAAGCGUGUUGGGGCGACAUCGUUGAAAUAACUGUUACCAAUAAACUGAAAUACAAUGGAACUGCCCUCCACUGUCAUGGCCUCCGAAUGUUCGAUAACCUUCUAAUGGAUGGUGUACCAGGCGUUACACAAUGCCCUAUUGCACCAGAGGACACUUUCACAUACAGUUUUAGAGCUACACAGUACGGUUCAACGUGGUAUCAUAGCCACUAUUCUCUACAGUACUCAGAUGGCUUAGUUGGCCCUUUGACUAUCCAUGGUCCUUCAAGUGCAGAAUAUGAUGCGUCCAUUGACCCUCUCCUUUUGGGUGAUCAUCUUCAUAGGAGUGCUUUCCAAGACUACUAUAAAGUACAGACCAGGAUACCCCCAGAAAUGGACAGUCAACUUUUAAAUGGAAUUGGAAACUAUAACAAUGAUACAACCCGGAAACCCUAUAGCACACUUGUGAAAGCAGGCAAAAAGUAUCUGAUGAGGUUGAUUAAUACAUCCACCGAUACCACUUUCGUCUUCUCGAUUGAUAAGCACAAUUUUACUGUCAUAGGCGCCGAUCUUGUUCCGUUGGAGCCGUAUGAUACUUCUCACAUCCUCAUUGGUAUUGGCCAACGUUAUCAUGUCAUUCUAAACACCUUACCAGACGUGAAAGACGGGGAUUCUUUCUGGAUUCGCAUGGUACCUGCGGGCGAUGGAUGCAGCAGAUUCCGGAAAGAUCAUGUGCCUGACGAAAGGAUGGGGGCGUUGUACUACGGGAAGAAGACCAAUGUGCUGCCCAAAUCUGAAGGUGGUGGAUACGAUAUCAGUUGCCGUGAUGAACCAUAUGAGCGACUGAAACCAAUCCAGAAAUGGACUGUACCAGAUCCAUUACUCGCACCAGACUUGAUGACAAAGACGCAGAAAAUCGGCAUUGAUAUUUGGAACCCCCCCGGCCGUCCUGCUGAUGCACCAAAGAUUGCGAAUUGGGGGGUUGGGCCCCAGCCGAUGUGGCUUAACUACUCUAAACCCAUCGUGAAGAACAUGGACAUCGAAGAUUGGCCUGAAACUUGGACUGUUUACCCAGCAAACGACUAUACACAUGAGCAGUGGGUAUACCUUGUCGUUACGGGGCAAGAAAAACAAGCAGAGCUUGCGAGAACACAGGCUCCAAAUGCUCAUCCACUACAUUUCCAUGGCCAUGAUUUCGCCCUUCUGCAGCAGUCUUAUGAACCAUUCAACAGCAAGAAUCUGAAUCUCAAGCUUGAUAACCCACCUCGCCGCGAUGUUGUUCUACUUCCCAGCAACGGCUUUGUUGUCAUUGCCUUCAAAGCUGACAACCCUGGUUCCUGGCUUAUGCACUGCCACAUCGCAUGGCAUGCUUCUGCUGGCCUUGCUCUUCAAAUCUUGGAAGAUAAGAACGACGUUGUAAAGUAUCUCAAAUCCCACCCUGAAGAUGUCAAGGAAAUGCGCCGAGUGUGCGACAACUGGGAUAAAUGGUACGGCAACGCUGAUAACCAUUAUCCCGCCGAAUUCUUCCAGGAAGACUCUGGUAUAUAA